AUGGGCAAACAUCCAGCAGUCGAGUUACAGAUUCUGGAUCUAGGAUCUGGAGAUGGCAAGAUACCAAUUCCUUCCGGAUCCUCGACACAGCGAAAUCCUUCUUCUGGAGAGGCAACACCGGGCUGCGCAACGCCGGCAACCAUAGACACGGAAGCAAAUUCCGAGGAUGAGGAAACAUUACCAUUGGAUGCGCCUCCCACCUCUUCAACAACUCUCUCGACGACAAGAGCGAUCAUCGUAAUCACGCAACUCAUCAGCGUCCAGCUCUUUUCCUCCUUCUGCAAUGGCGUUAUUGUGGUUGGCUUGCCGGCCAUCGCCGCGUCUCUGAAUAUGGAAGGCGCAUUGCUGCUGUGGCCAACCUCUGUGUUUUACCUUACAGCCGGCGCGUGUCUGAUGCUCGCGGGCUCCAUUGCCGAUGUCCUAGGCACCAGACCCAUGAUCUUGACUUCCAGCGCCUUGCUAGCCAUCAGUGCUGCUUGCUGUGGCGUUAGUAGAAAUGGUGCUGAAUUGAUUGCUUGCAGAGGACUGCAAGGCAUCAGUAAUGCAAUUGCGGUGCCUGCUUCCGUGUCCAUCAUCAGUACCAGAGUCCGCGAUGGCCAGCCCAGGAAUAUCGGCUUUUCGUGCUUGGGCUUUGCGGGGCCGUUGGGCUUUUUGCUGGGUCUGGUGUUGGGAGGUGUGUUUGUGGAUGGAGUUGGUUGGAGGCCAGCGUUUUAUCUUGUUGCGGCCGCGAGUUGUGCUACGGGACUUUUGGGUGCUUGGGUGUUGCCCAAGGAUGAAAAGCCAAAGACUUGGAGGUGUGUCAAGAGGCAGUUGAAGACUGAGAUUGAUUGGGUAGGGACGAUCGUCUCGAGUACGGGAUUGGUGACUUUGUCAUAUGCUUUGGCCUUCACGAGCAUCUGCAUCAUGAUUCUCUUCAACACCGCAGUCACCAAUGGCAUGGAGGUCUUUGCCAGUCUAUUGUCACAGNNCUUCCAGCAAGUUCAGGGCUUAUCGGCACUCGGGGCUUCCAUCCGUAUCUUGCCUUCGCUCGUCACGGCUGUCUUGACCAAUGUCUCUACUGGCUACUUUGUCAAUCGCAUGCCGGUCAUGUGGAUGGUACUAAUGUCAUGCGGUUUAUCCGCAUUGUCGCCUCUGCUUCUGGCAAUCAUAAACCCACAUUGGUCGUACUGGUACAUGGCAUUCUUCGCACAGGUGAGCGCAAACCGCAAUCCUACAACUUUUGACUCGAGAGCUGACACGAAUGACAAAAGNCUCCUUCAAGGCAUAAGCAUGAACGUCUUGUUUACAGUCGGCCUCCUGAUCAUUUCGGCAAUCUUCCCGCCACAUACGCAAGCUCUGGGUGGUGCGGUCUUCAAUACUUGUGCGCAGCUGGGCACUUCGAUUGGUCUGACCAUCACAUCCGUCAUCUCAGACUCGCGAACAGCGGCUUCGCGUUUCGAGGACAAGACCAGUCCUCAGGCAUUGAUGACAGGCUAUCGAGCGGUGUUUUGGGCAUUAUUUGCUUGGAUGGUCGUGGUGCUGUGUGCAGGCGUCGGAGGAUUGAGAAAGGUGGGAAAGAUUGGAGUGAAGAGGGACUGA